UCGAGUGGAAUGCCACCAUGGCGUGCAUUGCGUUCGACGCGACCACUGGUGCGGUCGUGAACUCGACCGCGUACAUGGGCGAACUCGGGCGGUGGUUUCAAUACGUGUAUUAACAUUGACGUGAAAACGAAUCGCGACUAGCAAAGGGCAGCAGACAUCGUCAAAGGGUUGGCAUGGGGUACACCUCGAGACAUCGCAUCCAGGCGGCGGGACGAAGCCAGGCGAGCCCCGUGGGCCCUUCCCUCGCUUGCAAAGACCUUCGUCGCAUUUUUUCGUACUCGUUGAAACCAAACCCACACACAACCCCCCUCUCCAACUAGCCUCCAAGGAACGGCACCAUGUGCACUUGUGCCGAGAAGCACCCUCGCCAAACAACCCGGACUCCAAGUCUCGUUGCUCGCGUGAUUUGUGCACAGCAGACCGCUCUCCUUGGACAGUCAAGUAAUACACAAAAACACCUUGUUGGUUUGCAUAAAUCGAAUCGACGUGGGUUAAGAGUUGUUUUCGCGCCGUUGCUCAGGGCGUUGGAGCACAUCCGGCCGCAACACACGCUGCCAUACACGUUCCCAGCCCAGCAUUACAGAGAAGGGCAGCGGCAGGAGCGCCAACUCCUGCUGUCACGGUGCCAAACGUCAACCCCGCAGCUCCGUAGCACGCCACAACCAGAGCGUUGCAUCCCGUUUGGCACAUCGCAUACGCCAAUGGUCCAGCGCGCGCGGUGUGGGCCAAGACAAUCCCGACCAUCAGUGCCGCUCCCAAUCGUGUGCUCCUCAUGGCUGUCGACAACUUCCAAGUGAUCGCACUCGUUCAUGGACAAGUUUCAGUUGGGACCCAACUG